GCACUGCUGAAGGCUAAGGCCCAGGCCAAGUGUUCCAGGGAGGUGGGGGCUCCCAGCGGGGCUCCUCGAGUCCCCCGCCCCACCCCCCCCCACCGCGUGCUUCCCGGGUCACAAAGGCGGUUGCCAGGCGCCCGGUGGAGAAAAGAUGCGGCCUGGAAACAGCGGCCGCCACUCUGGAGCGUGUGGCCCUCGGAGUUCAGCAGGACUGUCAAUGGCAGGAUACCAGCUCUGGUCACCAUGGACCCCGCUGGACGAAAGCUUCCAGUGGCUGCGGCACACAACGCCUACACCUUCUUCUAAGCACCCUUUUAGGGCUUCCCCCUGCUUCCCACAUACCCCUUCUGAUCUUGAAGUGCAGCUGUGCUUUCAAGAGGUCACUCUAGUCCUAGACAGCCCAUUCCUGGAGCCUGGGGUGAGUCCCAAGUUGCCCUGUCACACAUCGGAGCUCCGAACCAUGAACAACAAGAAAGCACUGGUUAGGAAGCCCCAGCCUGUCCGCCUCAGUGGAGUGGAUUCUGUCUUUGGCAGGGUCAUCACGGCUCAGCCGCCAAAAUGGACUGGGACCUUCAGAGUUUCAGACAAGUCAGCCUUUUGCAAAAUCAUCAGCCAGGAGCACCAGUGGCCCACUGGACUUAAGGAGCCUCAGAUUCAGAUGACAGUGACCAUGUGCAAACAGAUGCUGCGCUCCAUCCUCCUGCUGUAUGCGACAUACAAGAAGUGUACCUUUGCCUUGCAACACUCCAGGUAAAGGGUCCCCAUCUGAUCCCUGUUCCUCACACCACGCCUUCUACUACGUGUCUGAAGCUUACAUAGACCUGUCUGUGAAAAGGAAACCAUGUUCGCCCUGGCCAUCUAUCUUUUCGGUCAAGCAGUGACAAUUCAGGAACUUCUCUCCUCCCUUCCCCUCCAAAAAUGGGCCAGAGCAAGGGAGACCAUUUCCACUAUAAAGCUGAACGACAAUUUAAAAGAGAGUCAAACUAGCAAUGACAUAUACAUGUGAUAAAGAACCAUUAAACCAUAUGUACCAA